AUGAAAGCUCUCCCAAAAACACGGCGACUUGUGGAAAAUUAUAUCCGAAAGCUUGGUGAAAUUUAUCGAGAAGUUUUGAUAAAUCGACAAGACGCUUUUAUCUGUCGGGCGCAUUUGAAAAAACCAAAAUUGAAUAUGAGAAGAGUUCGCGAGGAAGUUUAUGAAGAACCGCAAAAAGAAAAAGUGGCUGAAGCUGGAGCUGAAGUUGAAACUGAAGUUGAAGCUGAGCCUCAGGAAGAUCUUGUUCCUUUGAUUGUAGGUUGAAACGCAACAAAUUUAUAAUCAAAAUUAAAUUAUUUUCAGCCAAACAUCAAACGAGAACAGGAAGAUUUUAGAAGAUUUGAAAUUGCCAGUGGAUCGGGAAAUUUUAUGGUAUGUUUUUAAAGGGGCCAAGAUUUGGGAACUUUCUAGACCUAAACUUCAGUUUUUUUCUCAACCAAAACCAAUUUUUCAGCCAAACUAUCCCGGAGCUGAAAUUCCACCAAUCGUCAAUCCAUUCCAGGAAUAUGAUUUUCCUUCCCAAUUCCAGAAUCAAUCAGAACAACCCUUUGUAUGUAUAUUUUUUUUCGUAAAACUAAAAUGUGAUAAAUUUCGGAUUGAAUAUACUGUGAUAUAAAAAAAAUUGACCCAAACUUCAAUCAACCAAAACUAAUUUUUCAGCCAAACUAUCCCGGAGCUGAAAUUCCACCAAUGUUCGAACAACCAGUUUACCCCCAAUUCCAGGAUCAAUCAGAACAACUCUUUGUAUGUAUAUUUUUCUUCUUCAAUUUUCCUUUCCACAAAAAUCCACGUUUUCAGAUAAACUUCCUGAACCAGUCUCAAAAUUCCGAGCCAUCAUCAAGCUAUUUCCAAUUCCCAGAACUUCAAAAUAAUUUUCCGGUGAGUUCUUCUACAUAACAUUCUAGAAAAAUUUCGAAAUAAUUAAUUUCAGGACUCAAAUUUCCAACAACAACACAAUUUUGGAGGAUAA